GUUAAAAUGUAUUGUAGACUUUUACAUUGGGGUCCAUUAACGGCCCUAACUAUCAUUAAAUGGAUUAGUUUAGCGACGUUAUACUGCAACACUAUGUGGUUUCCCCCUGCAGAUAGUAUUCCUGGUUUCAUGUACACAGCAGUUUUUCUAGUGUUUUCUGGUCUCACCUUUUAUCAUUUCUUUAUGGCGAUGUUUGAUGGUCCGGGGUAUUUACCCCCGGGCUGGGCACCUCACCAGGCUUCAGAGGAUGACCUAAACCAGCUUCAAUAUUGUGAACUCUGCCAAGGAUAUAAGGCACCUAGGGCUCAUCACUGCAGAAAAUGUGGCAGGAAUUGGUAUGAUUACUAUGGGACAGGGAAAGAACCAAGAGUUAUUCUCACACUUUGGACUUUGCUAGCUUCCCUGCUUGAUGUGAAGUUUGUUUAUCCGUAUAAUCUGGGUAGAGUAGAGAAUAUGAAGCAGGUUCUUACCUUCACCUGUACACCAAAGCGUGCAUCCAAGAUGUUUUACAUGAUCAACAUAUGCAUGAUAAAGCCACGAUCUCUGCCUACUAGAGAGCAACUGUUCCAGAAAGCUGAGAAGAAAGAUAGAUCUCGAGAAUAUGAAAUAUUUAACAAUUAUUCCGGGUCAUGGUUUCCUAUAAUGCAGGGGUUCUCUGUGUGUUGUCGACCCCCCUGCACUGAUGAGCCAAGGAUCAAGCUCCAGAGAGGGGACAAGGUCAAGGUCACAAGAUGGAAAAAGCACUGGUUGUACGGAGAUAAAAUUGUAUCCAAGGGAGAGGGGAGGGUGCGAGGCUGGUUUCCUCGUCAGAUUGCCGUUGAAAUCUCCGACACCGGACUCCAGGAAUCCGCGUACUGUCAGCUCAAACCCACCCAUAGCAACAAGGUCAAGACGGGGCCAGCCAAGGAUUUGAAAAAUAAAGAACUAAAGAUGGAUUCCAAAGAGAGGAAGAAGAAGAAAUAGAAUCGGGACAAAUUUAAAA